AUGAGCCUAACAGUAUAUGUUGAAAGCCAUGAGCAAGGAUUCCCGUUUAUAUUGCCAGUAAUUAGGUCGAAAAAGCAAAGUGAGGUGCUUAGGUCGAAAUCUGUUUUUGUGCCCAGGGUGCAUUUUCCAGAUAUUUUAGGGAAAAAGAGUGGGAAAGGGAAAAAGAAGGGGAAACGGGCUGGGAAGAAAUCAAGGAGAGGUUUAAGUCCUGUGGCAGAAAGAAAUUUGAGAAGGAUUUCAAUCAGUCCUAUUAGUGUAUCAAUAAUUCCUUAA